GUCAAACUUUAAAAUUUCGAUAACUACUUUUCGAUAACGCAGGGCUGAAGUAUUUCGCGCAUAAAAAAAGUGCAGUUGAUAAAAAGAAAACAAUUGAAUUCCGUCAGUUUUAAUGUUGGAACACAGUUGAUUACCAUCCUCUCAAAAUGCCAGCCUAUCAUUCGGAAAUAGAAGAGUUCCAACGGCAGGUGGGAAACAUGGCCAUUUUGCCGUUGCGCACCAAAGUACGAGGGCCAGCGCCCAGUGUUAACGCUGAUAACGAUAUUAUUGAUGAGUCACUAUAUUAUUUCAAAGCAAACGUUUUCUUUCGUACGUAUGAAGUCAAGUCGGAAGUGGAUCGUGUGCUUAUCUAUGUAACACUCUACAUUACCGAAUGCCUGAAAAAACUGGCUCGCUGCACGAGCAAGGAGCAAGGUCAGCAGGAGCUCUAUGCCAUGGCCAUAGCGAAGUUUGAUAUACCUGGCGAUGCGGGCUUUCCACUUAAUUCGGUGUAUACCAAGCCAGAUAAUGCCGAUCUGAUGCGUGAAUAUUUGCUGCAGUUGCGCCAGGAAACUGGCUAUCGAGUGCUCGAGAAGGUCUUUGAUACGACGGAUGAUAAGCCAAACAAAUGGUGGAUAUGUUUUGCGAGAAAGAAGUUUAUGGAGAAAAGCCUUUCUGGUCCCGGCCAGUAGAACAUUCCUAAAAUCGACUGUUAAAUCAAUUUUAAGACUGUUAAGGCGUUGUUGCAGCCCUGCGGCAGUGUUGAUAAAUGCCCAAAGUAUUCACAUAUAUGGCGCCAAGUUUAAAUCGAACUUAUAAAAGACAAUGU